AUGCUAUGCCAGAGGUGCGCCACCUUGCUCCGAGGCAGCCGACUAGCCGGACUGCCUAAGCACACAACCCGCCAAGCUUCAUCGAGCUCCGCACUGCCCCGACGCCUCGGUCAUCCGUCAACGUCAACAGCUCCAUGGGCUCCUCGAUUCAUCCCCAGACAACCCACCACAGCCCUGCCAGCCGCUACGAUUAGACCAUACUCGUCUUCAGCACAGCCUGGUACAAGUGCGACCGCCGCCGAAGCGCCGAACCCAUCAAGUACCCUCGAGAAGCCCGACUUCCUCAACGAAGCCGAGUCCGAGGUCUGGGACCGCCUCGCCAAAGAGUUCAGCCCAGUCCAGCUGGUGGUCCAGGACAUAUCGGGAGGCUGUGGAUCCAUGUACGGGAUCGAGAUAAGCUCGGAGAAGUUUCGCGGUACAAAUAUGCUCAAGCAGCAGCGGAUGGUGAACGCCGUUCUUAGUGACUUGAUGAAGACAUGGCAUGGCGUACAACUCAAGACGAGGGUCCCAUGA